AUUUAAAUCCGCAUUUGUGCUUGCUUGCACAUUCCUCUUCUCGUGGUGAACCAGGUGUUUGCACUGCUCCGGACAUGGCCGGAACUGCUAGUGUGAACUUGCUGGCAUCGCUUUGGGCACUAACUGUGUGGACAUGUUUUGUUGCUGCUUCCAUCCACGGAUCGAAAAUGAAUGGAGUGAAGAUUGAACAAACUGUCAAAGAAAAUCCAAAACCUAUCCUCCGUACGACUGACUGUGAUUGUCCACCUCCGCUAAUAAAGCGCACUAGUGUGACGUACAGUGGAAGGAAACACAAUGACGUGGCCACGUACGCCUGUAGCGUCACCUCAGAUGUAUACAUCAAGGGGACAACUCAAGUCUACUGCAAGAAUGGAGAGUGGGAAACACCCACAAUACUCUGUGCACCAACCACCUGUUGGUAUGACCAUCCCAUAUGGGGACCUGUCUACAAGGGGACACAGGCGACAACGGAACUGGGGUACACGUGCAACGUGUGGACGAGUGACUCGCCCCACAAUAAAGCAGACAUAUACAAGGACGACAAGGCUUACACUGUAGACGGAAGCAAGGCUGCUGCCGGCAACUUUUGUCGCCUCUUUAAGGACAAUCACAAACAAGCCUGGUGCUACACAACAGAUAAGACAAGGCGCUGGGACAACUGCCAGGUACCUCACUGUGACGAGACUCGAGAUUGUAAUGGUCCACCUCCGCCAGUGAAUCGCACUCGCGUGACGUACACUGGAAGGAAACACAAUGACGUGGCCACGUACGCCUGUAGCGUCACCUCAGAUGUAUACAUCAAGGGGACAACUCAGGUCUACUGCAAGAAUGGAGAGUGGGAAACACCCACAAUACUCUGUGCACCAACCACCUGUUGGUAUGAUCAUCCCAUAUGGGGACCUGUCUACAAGGGGACACAGACGACAACGGAACUGGGGUACACGUGCAACGUGUGGACGAGUGACUCGCCCCACAAUAAAGCAGACAUAUACAAGGACGACAAGGCUUACACUGUAGACGGAAGCAAGGCUGCUGCCGUCAACUUUUGUCGCCUCUUUAAGGACAAUCACAAACAAGCCUGGUGCUACACAACAGAUAAGACAAGGCGCUGGGACAACUGCCAGGUACCUCACUGUGACGAGACUCGAGAUUGUAAUGGUCCACCUCCGCCAGUCAAGCGCACUCGCGUGACGUACACUGGAAGCAAACACAAUGACGUGGCCCAGUACAGCUGUAGCGUCACCUCAGAUGUAUACAUCAAGGGGACAACUCAGGUCUACUGCAAGAAUGGAGAGUGGGAAACUCCCACAAUACUCUGUGCACCAACCACCUGUUGGUAUGACCAUCCCAUAUGGGGACCUGUCUACAAGGGGACACAGGCGACAACGGAACUGGGGUACACGUGCAACGUGUGGACGAGUGACUCGCCCCACAAUAAAGCAGACAUAUACAAGGACGACAAGGCUUACACUGUAGACGGAAGCAAGGCUGCUGCCGUCAACUUUUGUCGCCUCUUUAAGGACAAUCACAAACAAGCCUGGUGCUACACAACAGAUAAGACAAGGCGCUGGGACAACUGCCAGGUACCUCAAUGUGACGAGACUCCAGUUCUUUUACCCUGCGAGCCUGGUUCUCAGCUUCUGGGUAGAAAGAUUGCUCACGUCCACGUCAGGGAGGCGAGACGUUCGGCUUCCGUGCCUGGUGCAAUCGCCACUCUCAUCAGUUCUUCCUCCUCAAACGACUCCUGGGCUGAAACAAUUGUAUGCAGGGCAGAUCCCACAUUGGUGAAGGAGCUGGUUAGUCUGGGGGUUAGCAUGGUCAGGAAUGGGUCCCGAUGGCCGCUGGCCUACAUCAACAGCUUCCUGAACGACACCAGUGUCAGCUACACAAGGGAGGAUGUGGUGGUGGAGGGUACGAUCUACCCGUAUAACUCGGCUGCUUCCAGUCUCAACGUGACUUCCAUAAUGGCACCACAGGAUGGCAGCCCCGUGUACACAACCACGUGCACAGCCCUGUAUUCCGGGGGAGACACCAGCAACGGCCUUGCGGUGUCUAUGGCGGAUGUCAAGAUGCGAUUCCGCAAAUAGCAUCGUCUCGAGACAAAAUGAAAUCCAGCUGAAAACGUUUUAUGAAAUCAACCCUUUAAUAAUUUUAUUGACCUUAUAGCAUACAAUGUUUAUGUUUUAACUGUAAACAAUGAGAAUAACACUGCACACAAGUAAAUAUUUUGCCUAAAGGCUGCCUUCUGCAUGUCUCAUGUUUGUUAAAUAGACUUAUGUCAUACUGAGUUGUUUUUGAACUAUUAUUACUUAAUGUUAAUUACAUGUAAGGUGAGAAAAACAAAGCUUAGCUCUUGUCCUUUUGUGUACUAUUAGGCAGCCUCUGCGCUAUCUUUUAAUUUAGAAUUAUACAAAUAAUAAAUCCAUCUUUCACAACAAA